UCAUGUUCGAGAGGACAAGUCAGAGGUUAUAAGCUUGAGUGGUUUCGCCAACAUAUGGCUGGUCAGCGCUCUUAUAUAAGAACAUAGCAAUCCAUUCAUCUCCACAUUUUUGCUCAGUUUUUGGUAAGGUGGCUGUGAUUUAUAGACGUUCUUAGAAUCCAAUUAUUUCAUUGCGAUUAAAGAUGUCAUCAAGAAAGCAAGCUAAUCUCCUGAAUGAGAGAAUUUCCCUAGUUUGCUUAGUAUUUCUGUGGAUAUCACCGGUUGUAUUUGCCACAAACUAUGGUGCCGAUUUGGUCAAAGAUGACAACGAGAGGUUAUUUCUUCGAGAUGUAGAAAGCCAUAUUCUAGAAACAGAACGAUGGUUGCAUGAACAAGCGGGUCAAGACGGAACAGAUGGCGAGCUUUUCGAGAGAUCAAGACGUGACCCACAUGACCUUCUUAUGCAGUUUGGCUUCACUCAUAUGAUGUCAGAUCGAAUGGCAAAUGCUGUACGUGUGCUGAAGAAUGUCUCGUCAACGUACAGUGAGAGAACGCUGUCAGAGUUGUCCGGUCCAGCGAAGCGCGAACUGUGCAGUGCUGCUGGGGUCGAUUACACUGUCAGUGACUGUCCUUCUACCUCAAUAUAUAGGACCCAUAAUGGAGCAUGUAAUAACCCACUGAAUGUCAAUUGGGGUAAAGCUUUUACUCCAUUUGUUCGUCAACUCCCGGCAGCGUAUGCGGAUGCUUUAGAUAAUCCAAGACUUGCAAAAUCUGGUGAAGCCCUUCCACCACCACGGCUCGUCUGCCUGGGCACAAUCAAAGACGCUGAGAAAGACCACGAUAACAGCGCCGACCAUUGGACGCUCCUGAGCAUGCACUUCGGACAAUUUCUUGACCACGAUGUGGACCACUCUGCACUGGAAAACGUAAACUGCACCUGUGAAAUUACCCCAAAGUGUCUACCGAUCAUGAUCCCAAGCAACGACUCUUUCUUUACCGCGCACUGCUUCAAGUUUCAACGAUCCGUCGCCGUACCAGAUGAGGAUUGUAACACGUCACCAAGGCAACAGCUCAAUCAGAUUACGUCAUUCCUAGACUUGUCUCAAGUCUACGGUAACUCGGAGACGCAAGGAAAGUCACUGAGAGAUUUGUCCAAAGGUAAAGGUUUACUGCUAUCUAUCGAUGACCCAAACAGUGACGUAGGUCAUGAACUAUUACCGAACGACGAGGAACAUAAAGAUUGCAUCAUUGCAAGUCCACAGCUGAAGUGUGGUCGUACGGGGGACGCUCGAGCGGCCGAGCAGCCGGGCCUAGCGAGCCUGCACACGGUACUACUUCGUCAGCAUAACCGGAUCGCAGAGAAGUUAUCUAUCCUCAACCCGGGCUGGAACGAUGAGAAGCUGUAUCAGGAAGCCAGGGCUGUGUGCAUCGCAAUGUGGCAGCAUAUCGUGUAUAAUGAAUACCUGCCUCCUCUGUUGGGAUCUAAGAAUAUGGCCAAGCACGGUCUGCAGGUCCAUCCAACCUCGUACCUAUUCGGGUACGACCCUCACGUCAAUCCCAGCAUCUCCAACGUGUUUGCUACGGCAGCAUUCCGCAUGGGACAUUCACAAAUUCCCACCACACUGCUCAAGCUGGAUCGGGACUACGCAGAGAUAGAGCACGUGAAACUGGACGAAACCUUCUUCAACGCAACUCAUUUAGUCACGAGUCCCGGACACAGCGGGAUGGACGCAUUCUUGCGCGGGAUGAUCGUGCAGAAACUCCUCACGAUCGACCUCUUACUGACGGCUCCGAUUACAAAACAUCUAUUUGCUGAUCCCGAAGAUGGUCAAGGUCUCGAUCUAGCUGCAUUGAACAUACAAAGAGGUCGAGAUCACAGUAUUGCUGACUACAAUGCCUGGAGGAAGUAUUGCAAGUUACCUGAAGCGGGUAGCUUUGAUGAUCUGUUGGACGUCAUGUCAGAAGCGACUGUCUCGGUUUUUAGAAAAACAUACGAAUCCGUAAAUGACAUAGAUCUAUUCCCAGCUCUGAUUGGUGAGACACCAGAGCGUGGCCAGCUUGUGGGGGCUACCCUAGCGUGCUUGAUUGGUGAACAGUUCCAUCGGCUAAAGUUCGGUGAUCGAUUCUGGUAUGAGAAUGGUCUUGGGGAGCAAGCAUUUAAGAAAGCUCAACUGCUUGAGAUCCGUAAAGUGACGAUGGCUCGAGUGUUGUGCGACACAACGAAUGACGUACCAACAAUCCAACCCUAUGUGUUCCGUGUAGCAGACACCGGCACGCCACCAGAAAAUGCCAUAAAGUCGUUUUAUACAUACAGUAGAGAAAACCACUUCCCUGGUGACGCAGGAGACAUGCCUGGGUUCUUCAAUGGUAGGGUAUCAUGUCAGGGUGAUGACAACAUACCUGAACUCAAUCUUGAACCUUGGACAGAGGGUUAUGUUGACGUCACAGAAGACGAUGGCUUGGAUGUUCCUUUUGGUGGUUAAUAGAUUAUACAACCACAAAGACGAAGAAGAA